AUGCAGAGUCCGAAGAAGGAGGAGGACGACAUGCUGGAGCUGGGCGAGGAGCUCGUAGCAGCAGCAAAGCGUCAGUACCACAAGACGGCAUCGGCCAGCUCUUUGGUGCUCAGCCGGCUGACUUCUGAAAGCUCCACUGUCACGAAUGGCAGCGGUGCCGCACAUCCACGAGUAGAGUCUGCAGAGGAUCCAGGACUCCACGACUUUGUGGACGCGAUAUUGCACCAAGGCCUCGAUGCAGAGAAGUUGCCCCAUCAGCUCGAGAAGCAUAUUCCAGAGCUGCACCCUGUGUGGAGCCCGCAUAACAUCUUCGAACAGGCUGGUGAGAGGGAGAGGGGCUCAUCUUCCUGCAUCAGCGUUCUUGCGCUUGUGAAGAAUCGCUACGACAUCUUCACGGAGCCCCAGGGCAAGAAUGUGAAGCUGAAGCAAUCACAGUGGGAAGAGCUUCAAGAACUCGUGACCUGGAUUGAGCCUGAUGCGCAGCAGCUACAGGCUGUACUGGUGCUCUUGGCCAUAAGGGCGCUGGGCAAGUCCAAAGCAGUCCUCCAGCAGCUCCCAGUCGAGAGCCGGCGCCCGGAGAGGGCCGUAGUGCAGGUGAUGAACGGCUACGAGAAUGUAGUGCCAUCUGUGCGGUGGCUGACUCAAAGGAGCCAGGCUUAUGUGGAGGAGGCGCUUUUGACCCACGAGCUCUUCAACUUGGCGCAGAUGUUGCAGGGAGAGAACUGCCCAGCGAACGUGAAGCAACUCCGCGAGCACAUCGAGCUGAAAGGUGAUGCAGUUUUCCGAUUCUACAUCCUGUUCCUGCUGGGUUUCAUGAGCGGUCUUGCUGCUGGCAAUGGGUCCCGCUUUAUGAAUGCAAAGAAUGCUGAUUCUACAAUUGGUGGCAUUCGAAUGCUUCAGCGGCUCAUGAACGUAAACCCCACCAGCAUCUACUGGGGGUACAUGGGCCUUCGUGCGACGAAACUGAAAUUGCCCUACAACACUCCAGAGGACAUGGUCCUUGUACGAUUGGCAUGUCUGGCGCGCAUUCAGGAUGAUCGUGGCUAUCAGACACUGAAGAACUCGUGGCAAGCUCUCGGAGCACGAGAGCGCACCUCAUUAACCGAUCACUUCUUGGCAGAUGGCAUCGAGGAGCCAGCAUGGGUUUUUGAGUUCUUGCCGAACUGCGUGGCGAAUGCGCAGGCUAACCCCGUGGUCGGUCUGACAGCCCUGUUGGAUGUUCUGACUGACUUGUUGUACAAUCUUCGCUCCUUCGACAAGUCAGGAAAGCCCUCGUUGAUGCUCGUGGACCUGUCUGACAUGGGCGAGUUCAUUGCUGCAGUGCAGAACCGCUUU